UUGAUGGCGAUUUAAAUUGAACCUAGGAAUAAUUUUUAAAAUACUCAAUUCACCCCCCUCUUGGGAAUACACCAUUCCUCACAAUAAGGAUGCAAUGAGAAAACAGAAGGUGGAACCUAAACAAGUCAGCAUGGAAUAGGCACUUGAAGAUUUAAAUAAGGAAGCAGCAUCCGAUUAUUCUUUUCCUGUUUAAUGAGGAUGGGGUAUUAGCCAAGGAAGGAACUUGUACUACCACUUUCACUAGCAGUCAUUGGAGAGGCAUGCUAAUCUGGAAGGGGAUAAAGCUGGGGAUGGUGGAAAUCGAAGUUCUUCUCUGCUGAGGGAGGAUAAAGAUCUGUCUUGUGGGACCCUUCAAUCUUUUCAUCCUAGAAGAUUAGGAUUGUAGGCUGGAAUGUGCAGGUGCCAGGUCCAAGGGUUUUCAAAAUCAGGUAUGUAUUUUGUGUGGGAAGCAUAUCUUAUUUUUUUCAGAAACAAAAGUCAACACUGACAUGGCAAUAGAAUUGUGGGUUGGUUGGAUUUGAUGCCUUUUGUGUUCACACUCAAAGUUUUCCCCCCCGUGGGGGGUGGUGGUUGGAAUUCAUGUACUAUCAUCUAUGGAGGAACAGAAAUUGAAUUGUUAUGGAAAUAUCUUUAUGAUAUUGCUGGCAGCAUACGGUUACCCUGGAUGUUGAUUGAUGGCUUUUGUGUCAUUGCAUCUUUGGAAGGGAGCGUUAGUGCAAUGGGUAUUUUCCGUGUGACCUUGAGGUCAGGUGAGGAAACAGCCUUUUGCAAAAAUGCAAGGGUGUAUCCAGCAUCUUGGGUUCUGCACAUUCAUGGAGAAAAGGGGUCCUUUGGAGAUGUUUUGCCCAUCCUAUCAUGAAGAUGAGGCUCGGAUUCAUAACCGAUGAAACUAGGAACGGUAUUCUGAACUUCUGCAUUCCCCUCAACAUAUUUGUCUGCAUUGUUCUAUCUUCUAUGCAGUGUGAGUUAUUAUUAUUAUUAUUAAAGGAUUCCAACUUCAUUCUUUAAUGAACACCAAACAUUGAAAGAAAGGUAUACAGGCAGGGCCAUUGAAAAUCU